UUUGAUUUCAGAAAUUAACAAGCUAUAUAUUAUCUGGCUAAAGCUUGGAAAACAUUUACUUCGAAGCCCUGGAUUCUCAUAUGCCGACAGUGUGACCCACUGGCAACGACUGAAACACCCUAACGCCUUUGGCUUAGCAGCACUGGCAGCUUCAACAAAAAGCACAAUUUAAAACAAUAUUAACGUAGUUCCACAAUAAAUGCUAACAAAAUGCUCUCCAACCUGGUGGUGACCAAUCAGAAAGUGGUCCUCGUAAUAGAUGAGCUAAAUCGGGAGCGCAUUGCCCCCAAGUUCAUCGGCAGCCUGCUGCACGAGCAGGGACAGGGGGCGGAAACCAUCAAGGCCCUGCCCACCGGCGUCAGCCUGAAGCACGUGGCCACCUUCGAGGCGCUGAUCACCGAGUGCGCCAACACCAAAAACAACAACACUGCCGGGGGAGAAGCCGGCGACCUGGAGGCGAGCAGUCCUCGCUCGAAAUCUACUGGCUUCAACGUCAUCCUGCCCACCUUGGCCGAUCUGCUGUGCUACCAGACGCCCGCUUUCAUCUUUGGCUUCCUCAACCGCCUGCGGCGCUCGGAGAAUGUGUGCCGUGUGUUCCUGUGGGCCUCCCCGCAGCACCUACAGAAUCCCCAUGCCGACUACAUCCUGGCGGGCUGCGAGUACCUGGCCGAGUUGGUCCUACGACUGGAAUCCGACAAAUUACUCUCACUGAUUUCAAGAAAGCCGGGCGGUGGGGUGUCCAACAGGCGCUACUCCUGCCAAGUCAGCAAAACCUCUUUUCAGGUAACGCCGCUGGACGGAGGACUACCUGCCGGUGCCUCCCCCAAACAGCCCUCGCCCGAAUCGGAGCAGACCCCAGAGCCGGCCAGAAGCACCUUUAAAAUCGAGCUUCAUGAGGAUGAAGUGGUGGCCCGCAAUGCACUCACCCUGCCAUACGAACGCACAUGCGAACCGUCUGAGGGAAACAUAAUAUACACGCCCGAUGCCGACGACGAUUUCGACGAGGAGGAUCCGGACGAGGAUCUGUGCAUCUAGGCUGCCCGCCAGCAGCGAACGGCAGUACAAAUAGCCUUGGCUUUAAGUCUCCAUAAGUCUAACCUACUAAAACCAUAAAAUACCUGGAAUUCCGGCCCCAAAGUUCCGCCUAGAGGGGUGCGUUCAACCUCGCAAGAGGAGCAGAAUGAAUCUUUGAACGACCACUUAGUACAUGUAGAAUUGCUCAUUUAUUUUGGAUAACUUGAUAUGUGAAUCAAAAAAUCGAAGAAACUUUGUGAAUACAACUGAUUCAAUUGCUA